GGCGGGGCGGGGCCGGGCCAUGGCGGCGGCCGGGGGCCUGCACGUGUCAUCUUACACACCUUGCAUGUGUGUACACCCACGCAGCAGGAUAGAGAUACUUGCAGACCCCAAGCCACUAUUUUGCCAAGCCAACAGUUCCACGCUUGUAUGGGGAAACCAAGAAACGAUAUGGACCCUCUCACCGGGUGCUAUGACAGCUCGACCAUCUGCAAGAAUAUUGUAUCUGUGCAAGCCCAAGAAAGAUUUUAGCAACUAUGGGCGCAGCUGCAGACCAGUAAUCGGUGGGAAUCCCCUGCUAGCGAAGUUUGGCUACCCUUCUGAACGGCUGCUGAGGUUGUCUGAACCUAAAAAAUACCUCCCUGCUUACCUGGAGCAAAGAUCCCGUGAGUCCCCCGAGUGGCCUGUGUCCCUGGCUGCACAGAACUAUAAUGCCUCCAAGCGGAUACUGCAGCUUGCCCAGCCAAAGGGGCUGCACCCAGAUUUUGUGCCAUCCAGAGAGGUGCCAACACAGGUUUCCAGCUUUGCAGUCUCGGCCAAGGCAUCGGCGCGGGUCCAGAAACUCGCUGAGCCCUUAAUCAGGGAGCUGACCUGCUGCUCUAAGCACACCAAACCUGGUGUUGUCAUCUCUACGGUUUCCAGGUCAUCUCAGAAGGCAGUUGCAAGCCCUCGGACCAUUGAGCUGUCGAAGCCCAAACAACUCCACGCUAAGUUCGUGCCCGCGCGGGAUCCUGAGUGGCCUGUGACAGAGGCUGCCAAGCGUGCAGUGGCUACAGAAAGGAUUGUGGCGCUGGCCCAGCCUAGCACAAGACCUCGAAUAGGCUUGUCUGCACUCAACCCAGAUGCAUUCAAAGUGAAGGAGGCUGCUAUGAAGGCAGUUUGUUCUCCACGGCUCCAAGAACUAGCUCGGCCAAUUCAGCGCUAAGCUCCUUCAGAAAUGCUCCUGCCAUCUGCCCACAUCACCCCUUGGAACAUCACUCUCUCUGGGCUCUGCUGUGGCUGGAAAAUCUCUUUGAACACAGCGUAGAGGCAGCACUCAGCAGGAAGGCUUUCUGGGAGUUAAAAUAAAAUUCCUUUAGAAUAGUCA